AGGAUUUAGAGAUGCCAUGGCAACCCUUCAAGGCUUAUUUUGUUCUGCUUCCUCAUCGUCAUCUUUCCAAAGAGGAAACAUUACAGCAAAGAUCAUUGACGAGAACCCACAAGCAGAGAACAACACAAAUAAACACCUCAUUUGGUUUUGAUGAGUACAUCAGAGAAUUUGGAAUUGUGUUUUUAUUUUUUAUUAUGUCUUAUGGAGUGACUGAGAAUAUAUGGUGAUGAUGAAGCUUACAGGGCUUGUAUUUUCUUCUUCCCAAUUGUCCUUUAGUUCUCAUCACUUGUUCAUUUGUUCUCUCCGUCAACCCAGUCUUGGCCACCACAUAAACACAGCUUUGACUUGUCUCUCCCUUUUCCCUAUUUUCACCACCUUUUUCAAUUUCCCACCUUAUAUUCAUUAUUAUAUUUAAUCAAUCAAAUCAAAGUUGGAAAAAAAGGGAGUAAUAAUCAAAUGGAGUAGUAUAUACAUACCAGAACAAUGAAAGAGCACUCAUAAGCUAAAGCCCAUAAUUCAUCACGAAACCACAAUAUAGAGGAAACCUGACGUGUCCCUUAAAAUCUAACCUUGAACCUCUGAGACCUCCAAAAAAAACAUCAUGGAAAUUGCAAAGGGCAUGUCUGUGUUUCAAUCUUUGAGGUAUGUUGGCGUUGAUGAAUCCCUCCGAAACCCCAUUUUCUUACGUGUCAUUAGUUGUUCUUUGCACCUGGGAUUGUUCCUUGUAAUUCUUGGGUUGUGUUGUUGGAAUACAAUCAGGAGGGACAAUAAUGCUGGCCACAAACAGAGUAGUACUAGGAAUGCUAGGUUCUUGUACUACAAAUCAACCUUGUUUUGUUCAAUAGGUCUAGCCAUCUUUAGCUUUGUGUUAUGUUUGUUAGCUCAUUUUUAUUGGUAUAGAAAUGGUUGGUCAGAAGAAAAAAUUAUAACCCUUUUGGAUUUUGCAUUAAAGUUGCUAGCUUGGUUGUCAAUCUCUGUUUUCUUGCACACCCAGUUCCUUAAUUCUUGUGAAACCAAAUACCCUCUUGUUUUAAGAGUUUGGUGGGGGCUUUUCUUCUUUGUUUCUUGUUAUUGCCUUGUUAUAGACCUUGUUUAUGGGGAAAAGAACCAAUCUUUACCAACUCAAUUUUGUAUACCUGAUGUUGUUUUCACUCUUAUGGGGUUAUUCUUCUGUUUUGUUGGGUUUAUUGUUAAAACAGAGAGUGAGGAGAAUAUGCUUCAGGAACCCCUCUUAAAUGGUAGUGUUGCCAAUGGCAUGGACUCAAAGAAGUCUACUGGGGAUCAAACUGUCACCCCUUAUGCCAAUGCUAACAUUUUUAGUCUCUUUACUUUCUCUUGGAUGGGUCCCCUAAUUUCUGUUGGCAACAAGAAAACAUUAGACCUUGAGGAUGUUCCUCAGCUUCACUUUGAUGAUAGUGUCAAAGGGAGUUUUCCUAUUUUUAGAGAAAAACUAGAAUCUGUGGGUGGGGGAAAUAGUAACCGUGUGACUACUUUUAUGCUGGUGAAGGCUUUGGCUUUCACAGCACGGAAGGAGAUAGUGUUAUCGGCUCUCUUCGUGCUUCUUUACUCUUUGGCUUCUUACGUUGGCCCGUACCUCAUUGAUACCUUAGUUCAGUAUCUGAAUGGAAAACGAGACUUUGAUAAUGAAGGUUACGUCUUAGUUGCUGCAUUCUUCGUUGCAAAGUUGGUAGAGUGUUUGGCACAAAGGCAUUGGUUUUUCAAGGUGCAGCAGGGAGGGUAUAGGGCACGGGCAGCACUGGUUUCCAAAAUCUACAACAAGGGUUUAACCCUCUCCUGUCAGUCAAAGCAAAGCCACACUAGUGGAGAGAUCAUCAAUUUUAUGACAGUUGAUGCCGAGAGGAUUGGUGACUUCGGUUGGUAUAUGCAUGAUCCUUGGAUGGUAAUCAUACAAGUUGCUCUGGCAUUGGUGAUACUCUAUAAAAAUCUUGGCCUAGCUGCUAUCGCCGCGUUUGUUGCUACAAUAAUAGUGAUGUUGGCAAACAUCCCUUUAGGGAGUUUGCAGGAGAAGUUUCAGGAGAAACUCAUGGAAUCGAAAGAUAGAAGGAUGAAGGCUACAUCUGAAGUCUUAAGGAAUAUGAGAAUACUCAAGCUUCAAGCUUGGGAGAUGAAGUUUCUGUCUAGGAUCUUGGACCUCAGGACUACAGAGGCAGGAUGGUUGAUGAAAUAUGUGUACACAUCAGCUAUGACUACUUUUGUCUUCUGGGUUGCUCCUACAUUUGUUUCUGUGACGACCUUUGGCGCUGCAAUGCUUAUGGGAAUCCCACUUGAAUCUGGGAAGAUAUUGUCUGCACUCGCGACAUUUAGAAUUCUUCAAGAGCCCAUCUACAAUCUCCCAGAUACAAUUUCAAUGAUUGCUCAAACCAAAGUUUCUCUUGAUCGUAUUGCAUCUUUCCUUUCUCUUGAUGACUUGCAGCCUGAUGUCAUAGAGAAGCUUCCAAAAGGUAGUUCUGAUGAAGCAAUUGAGAUUGUAGGUGGGAACUUCGCUUGGGAUGCAUCCACCUCGACUCCACUUCUAAAGGAUGUAAAUCUUAGAGUGCUUAAUGGCAUGAGAGUUGCCAUUUGUGGUACAGUUGGUUCAGGAAAAUCAAGCUUACUGUCUAGCAUUUUAGGAGAGAUGCCCAAAUUAUCAGGGACUAUUAAACUUAGUGGAACGAAGGCUUAUGUUGCACAGUCGCCCUGGAUACAGAGUGGAAAGAUAGAGGAGAACAUAUUAUUUGGUAAAGAGAUGCAGAGGGAGAAGUAUGAUAAAGUUCUUGAAGCGUGCUCCUUAAAGAAAGACCUGGAAAUUCUCUCUUUUGGCGAUCAAACAGAAAUAGGGGAGAGGGGCAUUAAUUUGAGCGGUGGACAGAAGCAGAGAAUACAGAUUGCUCGUGCUCUUUACCAAGAUGCUGAUGUUUACCUAUUUGAUGAUCCGUUCAGUGCUGUGGAUGCUCAUACCGGAUCCCAUCUCUUCAGUGAAUGUAUAAUGGGGCUAUUGAAUUCAAAAACAGUUUUAUAUGUUACACAUCAAGUGGAGUUUUUGCCUGCUGCGGAUUUGAUCUUGGUCAUGAAAGAUGGAAGGAUCAGUGAAACUGGGAAAUACAAUGAUCUUCUCAAAUUAGGUAGUGACUUCAUGGAACUUGUGGGUGCUCACCAAGAAGCUUUAACAGCAAUUGACACAGUUAAGGGAGAAGCAUUGAGAAAGAGUGAGGAAAUGACUGGUGAUAAUACAAAUGUACAGAAGGAUAAAAAUAUUUCAGAUGGCCAAAAUGGUAAAGUGGAUGAUAUUGUUGGAACAAAGGGACAAAUUGUUCAGGAGGAGGAAAGAGAGAAAGGUAGUGUUGGUUUUUCAGUUUACUGGAAAUAUAUAACAACUGCAUAUGGAGGUGCUCUUGUGCCAUUUAUGCUGUUGGCACAAGUUGGUUUUCAGCUCCUUCAAAUUGGAAGCAAUUAUUGGAUGGCGUGGGCAACUCCCGUCUCAAAGAGUGAGCCACCUCCUGUUGGGAGUUCUACUCUCAUCAUUGUCUAUGUUGCUUUAGGAAUUGCAAGUGCUUUAUGCAUCCUUGCUAGAACCAUGCUUCUUGUUACCGCUGGAUAUAAGACAGCCUCUUUGCUUUUCCAUAAAAUGCAUCUUUGCAUUUUCCGUGCUCCAAUGUCCUUCUUCGAUGCCACACCGAGUGGGCGGAUUCUAAACAGAGCAUCGACAGAUCAAAGUGCAAUUGAUCUGAAUGUUCCCAUUCAAGUUGGAUCCUUUGCCUUCACAAUAAUACAGCUUUUAGGGAUUAUUGGAGUAAUGUCACAAGUUGCAUGGCAGGUCUUCAUUGUCUUUAUUCCGGUCAUUGCAGUUUGCAUCUGGUUGGAGCAAUAUUACAUACCAUCAGCACGAGAACUGGCACGGCUAAAUGGGACAUGCAAAGCUCCAGUAAUACAGCACUUUGCCGAGACAAUUUCAGGAUCAAGCACAAUUAGAAGUUUCGAUCAGGAAUCUAGAUUCCAGGACACAAGUAUGAAAUUGAUAGACAAUUAUUCUCGGCCUAAGUUUCACAUCGCUGCUGCAAUGGAGUGGCUUUGUUUGCGUUUGGAUAUGUUAUCUCUGAUCACUUUUGCUUUCUCUUUAAUUUUCUUGAUCUCUCUUCCUGUUGGAACAAUUGACCCAAGUGUUGCUGGCUUAGCUGUUACAUAUGGGCUUAAUCUGAACAUAAUACAAGCUUGGGUUGUUUGGAAUCUUUGUAUGAUGGAAAAUAAAAUUAUUUCUGUUGAAAGAAUACUUCAGUAUACUGCUCUUCCAAGUGAACCUCCUCUUAUCAUAGAAUCUAACAGACCAGACCCUAACUGGCCAUCUUGUGGAGAGGUUGAUUUUAGCAAUCUUCAGGUCCGAUAUGCUCCUCACAUGCCUCUCGUGUUGCGAGGCCUUACAUGCACUUUCUUUGGUGGAAAGAAGACUGGAAUUGUCGGUAGGACAGGCAGCGGUAAAUCUACUCUAAUACAGACCCUCUUCCGCAUAGUUGAACCAGCUGCUGGACAAAUAAAAAUAGAUGGUAUCAGCAUCUCCUCAAUUGGUUUGCAUGAUCUACGGUCUAGAUUGAGUAUAAUUCCACAGGAUCCAACUAUGUUUGAGGGAACAGUUCGCAGCAACCUAGACCCGCUUGAAGAGUAUUCAGAUGAACAAAUUUGGGAGGCGCUCGAUAAGUGUCAGCUAGGAGAAGAAGUGAGGAAGAAAGAAGGCAAACUUUAUUCUACAGUAUCUGAGAAUGGAGAGAACUGGAGUGUAGGCCAAAGGCAGCUGGUCUGCCUUGGCCGUGUGCUACUGAAAAAGAGCAAGGUCCUGGUCCUUGACGAGGCUACAGCAUCUGUCGACACUGCAACUGAUAAUCUUAUUCAGCAAACUCUAAGGCUGCACUUCUCUGAUUCCACGGUUAUAACCAUUGCUCAUAGGAUUACAUCUGUGCUUGACAGUGAUAUGGUCCUACUAUUAGAUCAUGGGCUCAUUGCUGAAUACGGCACUCCAGCCAGGUUGUUAGAGAACGAAUCCUCAUUGUUUGCUAAGCUCGUGGCAGAGUAUAGUAUGAGGUCAAAUUCAAGUUUUGAGAAUGUUUCAGACAUGUGAGUCUCAGAAACUAAUCUUCGUUAAUAAUGUUACACGACGAUGAUGAUGAAAAUUAGGGGACUCUAGACUAGUACCUUAGUCGAUAGUGUUUUGAGUUUCCAUCUGUGGACACCAUAGCUUGAACAAGAACCAGCGAAAUGCAGGUCAUGCCUGUGGCUUGAGGGAAACUGCAACAAUCCUAUGGCAGGGAAAGAAACCUACAUCUAGUGAUGCAAUAUUGAUUGUGAAGUGGCAUUUGUUUUUGUUUAGACUUUUUGAUGAGAAAAUGUAUACGUAACUUUGUGUUUACAAUAAUUUGAAUGUAUGUUGAGUCAAGUGAUUAGUUAGUUAA